UUCAUCCCUCCCAAUACGAAGCUCUGUUCCUCUUUUCCCCCAUUCAACCUCAAAUAUUCCCUUCUGUCAACCCUUUCCCUCUCCUUCGCCAGCCCAUCUCUCCUCCUCCGACUCCCUUCAAAGCAGCCGCCUUUCUCCCUCCCCUGUUUUUGUUGUCUCCCGGGUGCUUUCACGCUGUCUUCUCUCUGCCACCAGUCUCUGUUGUAGGAUUCAAGUAGGCUAUAUUAAAGUGGCUUUUGAGGUCCCUGGGGAGUUUUCUUGUUGGGAUUCUUGCCAAGGAUUUGGUGCUCUGGUCGUCUGCUUCUCUCUGGGCUGAAAGAAUGACAGAAGAAGAGGGGAGGAGAAGCAUGGAGGAGGGGGAACCCACGGACGAGUUCCCUGCGGGCAUGCGUGUUCUCGCCGUCGAUGAUGAUCCCACUUGCCUCAAGUUGUUGGAGAAUCUGCUCCUCCGCUGCCAGUACAAUGUUACGACAACCACUAAGGCGACCGUCGCUUUGGAGCUAUUGAGGGAGAACAAGGACAAGUUUGAUCUGGCUAUCAGUGAUGUCCACAUGCCGGACAUGGAUGGUUUCAAGCUUUUGGAGCUCGUAGGCCUCGAAAUGGACCUCCCGGUUAUUAUGCUGUCUGCCAAUGGUGAUACCAAAGCUGUGAUGAAGGGAAUAACUCAUGGUGCUUGCGACUAUCUGUUGAAGCCCAUCCGGCUUGAGGAGGUCAAGAACAUCUGGCAGCAUGUAGUAAGGAGGAGAAAGUUUGAUGCGAGACAUAACAAUAAUGGGGACAACGGUCCUAGGGCCCAACUACCUAAUUCUGAAAGUGUACAGGGGCUUGGUGAUUCUAGUGAUAAGCCUAACAGGAAGAGGAAGGACCAGAAUGAAGAAGAUGAUGAAGCUUCUGAGGAAAACAUUCAAGAGAAUGAAGAUUCCUCCACCCAGAAGAAGCCAAGGGUCGUUUGGUCUGUUGACCUACAUGGCAAAUUUGUCGCUGCUGUUAAUCAACUGGGAAUUGACAAGGCUGUACCCAAGAAGAUAUUAGAUCUCAUGAACGUUGAAAAUUUAACGAGAGAAAAUGUUGCUAGCCAUCUACAGAAGUACAGGCUCUACCUGAAAAGGCUCAGUACUGUGGCAAACCAGCAAACUAACAUGGCCUCUGUUUUAGGAGGUAGAAACUCCUCUUAUACUAAUACGAGUUCAUUGGAUGGUUUUAGAAAUUUUCUUGCAUUUGGGGGAUCUAGACAGCUACCAGCCCUUACAUCUUUUCAACCAAAUGUAUUACUUGGUAGAAUGAAUAGUUCAACUGCAUUUGGAAUGCAUAGGUUGGUGCCUUCUCAGACAGUUCAACUUGGCUGUACACACAACAACACAAGUAAUGUUAUCAAUGAUCUAUGGAAGCUUCAGGGCACUAGUCUACCUGGAAACCAUCAAGGAAAUUCACUUCAGGGGAUACCAACAUCUAUGGGACCAGAUCAGCUGCGACGACUCGACGUAGUGCAGGAAGCAAACAACAUCUUGCCUUCUAGUUUCUCCGGCAGUGGACUGACCAAUGGUCUUUGCAGUAACUCUUUCACUAAUAUGGCAAACAAACCUUUCUCACUGCAAGCAAAUAAGGAGCAGACACAUGCUGGGGAAUUGGACAAAUAUUAUUCUGUUAAAAUGUCUUCCUCUAGCUCAGACCCUUUUGAGAGUUGUCUUGUGGAUUCUUCUCAAUUUCCCGAUCUUGUUAGAUGCAAUACUUGGCAAGAUGCUCUUCCAUUAACUGAUUAUCGUGCAACCACUUUGCCCAUGGGUGCCCCUUUUGGUAAUAACUGUUCACCUCCUAGCAAUGUUGGAGGCAGUGUUCCUUCAACAGUCUCAAAUAUGGACAGUGAUAUUUGUGGUCAAUCUUCCAUCCAUGCUGCAGUGGCGCCUAUGCAUGGCUUGUUGAUAGGCAAUGAUGUACACAGCCGUGUUGGCUCACUUGGUGGGAGUAUGAUGCCUGUUCCAAUGGGUGGUUACGAAGACCCAAAGUUCCCCGACUUAAGUAGCUUAGACAAAUCUAAACAAAAAUGGGAGGAACAGAAACAGAAUCAUAGCUUUAAUCCCAAUGCCCUAUUCAGCUCUUCCUUAAAUUCUUCAUUGCCCAAUCUUCAUGGAAACGAUCCUAUUGCCAAUCAGAUAUUGAGCAGUGCCAUUGGUAACAAAAAGAUGGAUACAGAUGAGAUUGGACAAGCAGCUCUCAACGCUCGGGACCUCGCACAACAGGGCAGUAUCGAUAAGUCAACAGCUAACGGACAGAUGGCUUAUGGGGAUGAAUAUGCAUUGGAGACCACAAAGUCGCACUGUAACUUCAGUUCUGCUGAUUGCAGCUAUAGUGAACUUGUUGAUGGAGAGUGGAAUGCUUCCAACAAUAAGUCCAGCACAUGACAUUAGAAGUAAGCUUUUUUGGCAUUUGGAGCCUGGUCACGGACGGAGGAGCUUAACAUUGUCAAACGCUUGAACUCAUGGAUGGAAAGUUAGAAUAUGAAUGUGAAAGUGGAAGUGAAACUCUUUAGUUUGAGAACUAAUGGGUCAUCGGUGCUUGGUUUGUGCAUAAUUUAUAAACAUAGUCUAUACUGUUAUGCAGUCCCUAUUUUAAAAGGUCGUAUUUGCUGUGGUCGUGUUAGUUUACCUUUUCUUUCUCUAGGAGGCUCAACAUAUGUGUAUCAAAUGACCACUCGACGUUGCAUCAACCUUUUGUACUAUGGGCCUUUAUGACAGUAUGAAUAAUACUUCUUGUUACAAUGAAAUGGGCUGGUCUUCAUGUUGGAGGAGGAUCAGAGUUCUGUUGAAACCUCUCUAUCUAAUUUGGAACUGAUUGUUCUGUUCCCUGCGAUCACAGAUUUCGACUGCUUAGUAUUCUGGAGUAGGUAGCAGAAGACGGUUGCUUUAUUUUCGGAGAUUAAAAUAAAAAUAGACUCGUCAAUAUUUAUUAUUACAAUCUUUAAAAUUUCCUUUUGUUAUUAAAUUAUUCAAGGACUAAUCAAAAGCUUGAGUAUUGUGUUCAAGGAUAGUUUAUGAAGAGUUGCAUAAUUGAAUAACUAAUGUUUGUGUGGUGCUGCUAAUUGCAGUUGUUCUCUCUCAUUCUUGAUGUUAAUGACCGUCUCAAGACAUUAUUUUACAUUCUUAAUUUUCAACUUUUAAUUGUUCUCAUCUUCCUUUUAACUGUUGAUAAUUUUUUGUCAAAUUUUUGAGCAAACAAUUUGCUAAGUUUCCAUUCUUUGCUUAAAUUUAGAAAUUUCUGUCUUUGGUGAAUAAUUCUUAGAAAUGUUUGGUGUCGAAUUGAUGCCACGGCUAGUGAUGCUAAGUGGCGAUGGAUCAGGUUAAUGGCUUGCCCCACGGGAGCAGGGUUGCUAGAUUCGCAGGAGACCA